GUUUUUUUUUUUAGACCUCGCUUGUUUUGCUCGUGGUGGUGGUGGGACGUGUUGCAAGUUUCAACUGCUGUGCGGACCUUUUGAAGAACUACUUUCUUUUGCUAACAUUGACAAGCAUUCCAUAUACAGAACAAUGGAGAUGGAUGAGGAAGACCAAAUUCCUCAAUCACAUCGAGACAUCAUUCCAGAAUGUGAUAAAGAGAUUAUAACAAUUAAACAAGAGCCUCAAGAUAAUAAUUUCUGCAUCUCAGAUCCCAAACAGUGCACCACACUAGAUGUUGCACCAACUCUCACAGAGCCACAGUCGUCAGUGUGUCAAAUGGACAGUAAAGGAGAUGUUUUUCCCGACAUUAGUGUCGAUAUUAACCAAGCCCUGUCAAGCUGUGUCAGCGAAUCACAAAACUCUCCCUAUACUGUGACAACUAAACAAGAGGACAAUGAAGUAGUUGUUGAGAACAUUAUGCAAGUUCAAGAAACAGAUAAAAGCAUCAACAGCUCCUUAUCUUCCUCAUCAUCGUCGUCAUCAUCUGACGAUGAAAGUGAAACUGAAGAGGACUCAAGCUCGACAGACACAAGUAGUGAUUCUUCAAGUUCUGACGAUGAUGACAGGCACCCUCGCUAUAGAGGCGUCAUUGACAGCGAUGAUGAACAUCCAGGUCGUCUCUCGCCGCCUCCAUCUACCUUCAAGGAGGUUCUCAUCAAGGAUUUACCCAAGGUGGAGCUGGUUGACGUUGUUCUAGAUUCCAAUGAAGAGAUUAAGAGAAUUGGCGAAGUUUCAAGCGUCAUUGGUCAACUUGUUGUAAUUCAAUCAGAUCACAAUACGACUGCCAUCGAUGCAGACACGGUUCUGUUCAGAGAAGACAGACAGGCCAUUGGAGUGGUUUUUGAAGUGUUUGGCCCAGUGCCAUGUCCGCUCUACACUGUAAGAUUCAACAGUCCGAGUGAAAUCGUCAAUCUUAAGAUUGAGCUGAAGAUGCCCGUCUUCUUUGCUCCUGGGGUUCAAGACAUCACCUCUUACGUCUUCACGCAGAAACUCAAACAGAUAAAGGGAUCUGAUGCAUCAUGGGAAAAUGAUGAAGAGCCACCGGCGGAGUGCGUGGACUUCAGCGACGAUGAAAAGGAACGAGCGAUCAGAGCUAAGAAGAAAGCUGACAAACGCAAGAGGCAAAGGGGAGAUAACUCGCAGGGCGUUGCCAUGUCAACAACUGAGAACCAACCAUUAAGACAUCAAGGCUCAUCAAACCGGGAUCCCGGUUACCAUGAAUCAAACAAUCACCGAAGAGGGGGAUGGGGUCGUGGUGGGAGGUCACGCCCACCCUUUCAUCCAUCAAGGGGGAGGGGUAUGUCUCAGUCACCGAUGAGACCCCCUCAGUUCCAGGGACCUCCACCGGGACGGAUUCAAGAUCCGAGGCAUUACCAAGCUUCAUCUCAUCAGCAGGGAGUAUCUUAUACUCCAGAUCAGUAUUCAGGUAAUCCUAGUGGUGGUUAUCCCCACGGUGACUUUGAUUAUUGGAGUCAAUGGCAACAGGGCGGGUUCGGGAAUCCGCCGUUUGGGAACCCGACACCACCCCAAGGACAUCAACCUCCUCCUCAGCACUACGGGCACUUUCCAUCUUCCGUACCUCUACCCCCCUUUGCACCUUACUCUUACCAACAACCACCUCCGUCAUAUUCGUACAUGCAGUUCCCUCCCCCGCCCCCUCCUCCUCCCCCACCCCCACCCCCUCCUGGUCAUCCAACACACAAUUAG